CGCUUCUACUCUCUUAAUUAUACAUCUGUAAUAUUUGUAUCUUAACUUAGUCUGUGCUUGUACGUCACGCCCUAUUUCGGGGUCAUACUUGCUAUUUUAAUCGGUCAAUAACGUAAAUAAAUGGAAUAAAUUAAAAUGUACGGACUGCUGUGUUUGCUGCUAUUCAGCUGUGCAUAUGCGCACGAAUAUAAUGCAGUCGAAACCGAAAUGUUCGCGAUACCAAUAAGUCCUAACCUAUUUAAUUGGACAUAUCAAGAGUUCGAUCAGCAAUACCGCUUCCAUGCAUCUCUAAUAGGCAAACCUGAGCUUCCGUCAUGGUUGCGGUACAUCUACAGUGGAAGACAUCACUCAGGGUUCAUUUUUGGAACUCCACCGAGAGGCACUGAAUCGCCCAUUACGUUAGAGGUAAUUGGUUUAAAUCGUCAAGACUAUGAAACACGAAGAGUUUUAUUGACACUCCGCGUUCAACCAAAAUUGAAUAUGGCGAAACAUGAAGUGGAGCUUAAAAUUGACAAUCUAAAUGUGGAGGAUUUACUGGAUGAGCACAGAAUGACCCGCCUCAAAGACAUAUUGCGAACAAAGUUAUGGACGGAAAGCAGUGGCGAUCUCUACGCUACAUUUUUAGCAUCCGCUAUUGACUUAGGUGCUAGACAUCCAUUGAAACCUAGUGAUGGAGAAGGCCUAGUUGUCCGCUUAGGCAGCAUAACACCCUUCUCAAGUGAAUUACAAAGACUGCGGGAAGAAGUGAGACCGCUCUCUCGUCUCCCGAGCUGUCCUCGUGAAUUCAAACGUACUACAGUCGAAAGGCUGUUUAGAGACGCUGGACUGACGCUUGACUGGUGCAGCUUUGAACUGUACAACACAAUAUACAACGACCGCAGCACACUUCGUUUGGAAUACUUAACGGAAAUACCAAACACAAAAGUGGAUUCAAAACUUCCUCUAAAAACCAACUCUUGGUCAGCUCCGAGCAGACACGAUCUGCCCAGUAGAAGUUACAUUCACCAAGUGUCCGUGACUAUAGCUGUUCCAUUAGUGCUGAUGCUGCUCUCUGUUGCCGCAUUGAGCGCUGUUCUCUGCUUCCAUUAUGCUUCUAUGAGAGAUCCAGAAUCAGAACGCUUUUUGAACGACAUUUUUCAUAUCUGUAUAGAUUAUAGAAAAAGGAGAGCUAAUAAAUCAGCAAAAGUCGAGCUUUGCAGAUAUGGAACUGGCAACACUGAGCAAAGCCAAAUAGCCGAUGAUGUAAGCACCAAAAGCUUAGGAACAAGCCCAAACAACAGCUUACCUCGCCCAUACAGUCCAAAGUCAACGACGAACUUAGCUGGAAAUUACAAUCGACCACAGCCGCCGCCCUACCUCGGCUCGGCCACCAACUCCCUCCACCAUCGCAAAUCUCACACACCAUCGCACACCCCAGAACAUCGCCAUCUCGCGCUAGAAGAAUCCCUUAAACUUCUAAACGAAGCAAACAUCACAGAACUUGAUAAUUUAUUGAAGAACCCAAUCGUUGAUUUUAACGACGGCGCUGAGGACUACGUCCCAAUAAAACCGGAGUUUGUAAAACCUGAAAUCGGUUUUACGGUUAAACCGGUUAAUGAGGAUUUGGCCAGGUAUGGUAUCGUCGGCGUGGGCCCCAUUUGACAAGAUGACAAUGGAGAAGCUGUCAAGACUUGGUUUUGUUAAUGCUUCGAAUGAAUAUACCAAGCGAAGGCAUUGCAUUUCUUCGGCAUUUAAAUCUUUGCUACAUUAAGUAGAAAAACGUACACAUACAUAUAAUAAAGGUAAUAGAUUUACUAGCACGUGUUGAUUAUACGGGUCAACACAAUGUUUGACUGUAACUUUAAAGCUUAAAAGAUCGAUAUUUUAUGUCGUACAUAGGCGAAAACGUAUGUAACAUUAAAAGUUUGCAUUUAGGAGACAGAUAUUAUUCAAAAACUGUGGUUUUCAUUUUUAAUUAAACGUUAAACCAUUAAAUUUAAUAUCUGUAUUUAAGCCUAGGGGUUUAUUCAAGAUGCCUUAACAGUAGUGUAGGUAGAAAGUCGAAAACUUAUGUAAAUGACAGUUCAUGUCAACAAAGUUUCAUACAAAUUUAGUUUUCAGCUUUCUACAUACACUACUGUUAAUGCGUCUUGUCUGAGCCCUCUGUUUGUUGUUUAUUACUCGAGUGCCAUCUAGCGGCACUCUGGGAACGUAAAAACCCACUUU